CGACUCUGUUCUGCAGUGAGUGUUGGCGGGGCGGGGGGCGCUCGGGGGCCGCCUGCCAGGCGGCGCGGCUCUCCGCCAGCACUGUCCCCUCUCCCAGCAGGUGUCCGGAGGCUGCACUGCAGCGCGGCGGCUCGGGCGGGCAGCCAGUGGCGGCUCCAGCAAGGCCUGGCUGCCAACCCCUCCGGCUACGGCGCCCUCACUGAGCUCCCGGACUGGUCCUACGCGGAUGGACGUCCUGCACCCCCAAUGAAAGGCCAGCUUCGAAGAAAAGCCCAAAGGGAGAAGUUUGCGAGACGAGUUGUAUUGCUGUCACAGGAAAUGGAGGCUGGAUUACAGGCGUGGCAGCUCAUGCAGCAGCAGAAGUUGCAGGAAGAAGAAAGGAAGCGGGAAAAUGCCCUGAAACCCAAAGGGGCUUCACUACAGAGCCCCCUUCCACGGCAGUGAAAAAGCACCACUGGCCAGCUUGCUUCUUUUUUUAAAACGAAUAAAAAUAGAUGCAGCAAAGCAA